GAUCUCCUUCCAACCAUAGUCAUCUUCUCACUUGUACUGUAAGAUCCAGAUAGAGAGCAUGGCGGAAAGCGGGAGCUCAAUGUUGACGAAGCUCACCUUGCUCUUAAGUUUUGCAGUAGUGGCUCUUGGAAACAAGACCGUUAAUGAUUUACGUGCCUUCUAUUUGGUGCAGCAGUGGUUAGGAUCAUAUUGUAACCAAGAAGGAACAAGAUGUUGCUACCCUCCAUCUGGGAAGCCAAGUCCAGAUUUUACUAUUGAUGGGCUUUGGCCGUAUUCCAGUGAUGGAAACUUCGCCUACAACUGUGGCGACGACAACUAUGAUGUUGGCCGGAUUAAGCCAUUGGAGAAAGCGCUAAGAAAAUCAUGGCCAUCAUUCACAUGCCCACAAAUAGGGAGGAAGUUUUGGGUGCACGAAUGGAACAAACAUGGAACAUGUACUAAAUCAGUCUUAGGUGAAAUCCCAUACUUCGAAGCUGCUCUAGACCUCAAGAACAAGGCUAACAUCUACCUAGCCCUCGCACGAGCCGGGAUUAGGCCAUCAGCGAACCGGUUUUACACCCUUAAGUCUGUAAAAUUGGCAUUGGUUCGAUCUAUUGGGUUCCAUCCAUGGAUUAGGUGUAACCACAAUGCUGCAGGGAAUAGCCAGAUUUGGCAAGUCACAUUUUGUGCAGAUAUAACCGGGAAGAAACUCAUCCACUGCCCUUACAUUCCUAGUGGAAGUAACGAUUGUGCCUCUGAAAUCCAGUUUCCUCCCUACUACUAAUUCAUUAUACAAACUUCUCUUUAUUUAGUGAUCCUUUCCUUGAGUUAUUAACGGCUUAACUAUAGUUAUGUUGUACGAUUUGCACCUUUUAAAUAAACAUCAACAAUCUUGUUAAACAUUGUUAAGUUCUUUAUUAUUGUAUCCAAUCCGGUAUUGUGAAUAGUUCAAUUUAUGUUAUAUCGUCUUUGAUAUUAAGUUUUCUGUAAGAUCGUCUUAUAUUCAUAAGACAUCUACUAUUAGCAAGAAAAUUAUAUUUAGUUCGUAU